AUGAGCCCUGAAGUUGUAAAGAGUGAGCCGUAUGGAGAAAAGGCUGAUGUCUGGGCUGCAGGAUGCAUCCUUUAUCAGAUGGCAACUCUGAACCCACCGUUUUACAGCACCAAUAUGCUCUCCUUGGCAACUAAGAUAGUAGGGGCUGUGUAUGAACCUGUGCCAGAAGGACUGUACUCUGAAAAAGUGUCAUUUACCAUUAAGAGAUGCUUGACUCCUGAUGCAGACGCACGUCCAGACAUAGUGGAGGUCAGCUCACUGCUGUCUGAUGUGAUGAUGAAAUACCUGGAUGUCUUAUCCACCUCUCAUCUCAUGUUGGAGAAGAAACUGGAUCGGGAGAGGAGACGAACCCAGAAGUACUUCAUGGAGGCUAAUCGAAAUGCAGUAAUCUAUCACCAUCAGCUUUCCAUUUUAUCACAAAAAAAUUAUGAGAAGUUGAGUCUUCAUAGCAGCAGCAGUGGAGCAGCCAGUUGCAAAAGAGAAUUUUCAGAAAAUACUGACCUCCCAGCUGAAAGUUGUCAAUCUGCGUGUGGAAAAGACGAGGAAAGAACAUAUGAAGAAAUCCUGGUAGAGGAUCACAGCAUUUUAGAGAACUCUGAGAAAGAUACGUUCUCUGAAUUAGAUGAUGAGGUGGACAUAUUGGACAAUUCAAGCAGCUCCAGUUCAAGUCAUUUGAAAGAGUCUGCUAUUGGUAUAAUUAAACGAAGUUUUAGUGCUCCUGAAAGACAACCUCAGAUUAGAGAUUAUAUUGAAAGUCCGGGAUCAAGACUGCGACCAGCUUUACUGCCUAUUGAUCUGCUCUUGAGAGUGCCUCCACAGAUGCAUGGGGCCCACACUACGCAAAUAGAAGAUUCAUUCAUGACAGGGUGGCAGUCUCAUAGUCUUCCAGUUGUAGUUCUCUACAAUAUGAAAAAUCAUGCAUCGACAGGAAUUGCUGUAUCACAACGGAAGGUGCGUCAGAUCAGUGACCCUGUUCAGCAGAUUCUUAUUCAGCUGCACAAAAUUAUCUUCAUCACUCAACUUCCUCCAGCUUUGCAAUGCAACUUGAAAAGGAGAAUCAUUGAGAGAUUCAAGAAGUCCCUCUUCAGUCAGCAGAGCAAUCCUUGUAAUCUGAAAUCAGAAAUGAAAAAGCUGCUGCAAGGUUCUCCUGAAUUGAUUGAGCCCAACUUCUUCACAGCAGAUUGGCAUGUGGUACUUCUCUCUUCAGGUGGAAAUAUGUUGCUUCCAGAUGAUAGAAAAGGUAUUGUUGGCACUUCUGACAUAGCAGAAGGGAUGACAUAUGAACAGUUGCAGACUCUAAUUGAAGAGGUUCUAGAGGAAAGUGGUUAUUACAAUUUCUCUUCUAACAGGUGA